GCAACUUGGGAGAAAUACCUCCACAGUCGGACCGGAGGAGCGCGCAUGUGUCCAUCUGCUGAGGCGCGUCCAGGCGGUCAGAUCCACGCUUUGAUGAGGGAGUGAAUGAGCCAGAAGCACCGCUCGCUGUCGCUUUGCAGCCGUAAACAGGAAAGUCAUGGAUUUUAGGAGAACACGUCUCCCCGUUGUCAUUUUGUUAAUAAGCAGCGCCUGGCAGACUUUCUCUGACACAAUUGAUGAGGAGAACUUCUCAGAUGACUUUCUGGCCCACAUGGAAGAUGACAACCAGCUUACCUCUUGUGAUUUUGAGUCGUUGUGCUAUUGGACUUUCACAUACAACAACACUCACAGCGACUGGUCAGUGGUUUCACCUCAGCAGCUCAAAGGCACUGAGGCCAGGACAAUGCCUGCAGUGGAUCACUCAUUGGGACAAUCUGAUGGGCACUUUCUUCUUCUGACCUCAACUGAUGCUGGGAAAUGUGAACACCAAAUAAUAAGUCCGGUCCUGCCUGGAAGCAACAGACAGUGCGUUCUGCAGGUGGCUCUCUAUGAGGCCGGGCCGACCGUGGGUAACCUGUCCGUCUUGAUCAAACCAGUUCUGUCAGAGUUGGUCGUCCACUCGGAGGUCCUCAACCACAGCAGUCCAGACACCCACAGGAAUGAGUGGCAGGUUCAUAGGGCUGAGAUUGGUCAGAUGGAUGAACCGUUUCAAGUGACGCUGCUCUACACUUACUGCUCCGGUGAAGGCGGAGUCAGUGUGGCGCUGGACUCCCUGGAUUUUAUAGACUGUGUGUCAGAUGAUGAGUCCGAGGACCUGAAUGUCGCGUGUGGAGAAUCUUUUCAGUGUGUGAACUCGGACGUUUGCAUCGCUCAGAGCCAAGUGUGUAACUUCCAUACCGACUGUCCGCUGGGAGAGGACGAGGGCUCCAUCUGUGACGCUCUUCCAUUUGGCUCGUAUUGCUCGUUUGAGUCGGAUUCCUGCGGCUGGUCAGCGUCCAGCCAGCGCUCGGGAUGGAGGAGAGUCGCUGGAGAUGAGCUUCUGGGCAAACAAGACAUGCAGGGCGUCACUCUUCAGCGCACACCAGGGCACUUCUUGUACCUGCAGGUUAAAGAGAGUGAUUCCUUUCAAGAAGCGUCCUUUCAGAGCUCCUUUUUCCCGCCUCCGAUCUCCCCUAGUGCAUGCCAGAUGCGUUUCUCUCUGUACGUGUACGGAACAUUUCAUGGCUCUGUGCAAGUUGCCAUCGUGGAAAAUGGGAAUACUGAUGCAUCUCUUGUCUGGGCGAGACAAGACCCGUCGACAGAUGACUGGAGAGCAGUUGGACUGGUGCUGACUGGCCUUCAUCAUCGGUUCCAGGUCCAUGUAAAAGCCACGUGGGGAGAAGGCUCCAGCGCGGAUCUCGCUUUGGAUAACAUCGCCAUCGGAGCGGCCUGCUUCAGCGCAGAUGUCAACUCGCUGCUGCAAAUGCCCGACUUUGAUUUCCUGAGCCCUCUUCCUGAGCCUUCAGUCACAGAGGUCUCUCUGAUGACGUGGUGGUUUAACUCAUGCGGUGCCAGCGGGCCCCACGGCCCGACCCAGGCCCAGUGCGACAGCACCUACAGGAACAAAAACGUCAGCGUCACUGUGGGGAAGGAGGGACCGUUGAAAGGAGUCCAAAUGUGGAAGGUCCCUGCUACCAACCGAUACCUCAUCUCAGCGUAUGGGGCCGCAGGAGGAAAAGGUGCCAAGAACCACAACAAGCGCAACCACGGAGUGUUUAUCUCUGCCAUAUUUCCACUGGAAAAAGGAGAAAUACUCCACAUCCUGGUGGGACACCAGGGAGAGGACGCCUGCCCCGGGAGAAAUCCACACACACAGAAAAUCUGUCUGGGAGAGUCGUCUGUGAUCGAAGACCGCCGCAGGUCUGAGACCGGUGCAGAGCGAGCAGGAGGAGGCGGCGGCGGGGGAGGAGCCACUUACAUCUUCAAGAUGGAGGGUGGUGAGCUGGUUCCCUUGCUGAUUGCAGCUGGUGGGGGAGGAAAUGCCUACCUGGAGGACCCAGAGUCUAGUCUGGACCAGAUGCCUCUGGAGCAGUUUGAGAACAGCACCACAGCUCGUGGUACCAACGGUCUGACCGGCGCAGCAGGUGGAGGUGGUGGUUGGAAGGACAGCCCCAGUCCUCAUCUGAGCGCCGGCAGGUCUCUGGUGGAAGGGGCAGUGGGGGGGUCUUCAUGCCCCCUGGCUCUGUCUAAGCUCAGCUGGUCAACUUUCGGGGGGUUCGGUGGUGGAGGCGGAGCCUGCACAGCAGGAGGUGGUGGAGGAGGAUACAGAGGAGGCGAUGCUGCGCUGACAGACGAUUUCACAGCCGACGGGCAGAACGGUGUUUCAUUCAUACAUCCGAUGGGAGAAAUUUUCUUACAGCCUCUGGCAGCCAUGGAGGGUCACGGCGAGUGCGAGAUCAAGGUGCAGCUGAACUGCAGCCACUGUCAGACGCAGAGCUGCAAACGAGAAGAGGACACGCACCUCAUCCUUUGUCUCUGCGACGAUGACGAAUUCCUCGCCGCCGACAACAUAACCUGCGUUCCUGCUGCCGCUCCGUGGAGCCCCGUCCCUCCGGGCCAGCUGUCCACGUCGUUGAUCCUGGCUGUCGUGGUGUCCAUCGUCGUGAGCGGCGUUGCUUUGGUCUGCGCCGGCGUCAUCCUCAUGUGGUACCGCAGGAAGAACGACCUGCACGCGGUGAGGCGGCGUCUGCAGAGUCCGGAGUACAAGCUGAGCAAGAUCCGCUCCUCCACCAUCAUGACCGACUACAACCCCAACUACUGCUUUGCGGGCAAGGCGGCCUCGCUCAGCGAUCUAAAGGAGGUUCCACGCAAGAACAUCACCCUCCUCAGGGCUCUCGGCCAUGGUGCGUUCGGUGAAGUCUACGAGGGACAGAUUCUGGGGAUGAGCGCUGAUGGCAGCCCCAUGCAGGUGGCCAUAAAGACCCUUCCAGAAAUCUGCUCCGAGCAGGAUGAAAUGGAUUUCCUGAUGGAGGCUCUGAUUAUGAGCAAGUUCAGCCACCUGAACAUCGUCCGCUGUGUCGGCGUCAGUCUGAACAUCGUGCCUCGCUUCAUCUUGCUGGAGCUGAUGACCGGAGGAGACAUGAAAAGCUUUCUGAGGCAGAACAGGCCACGAGCGGGCCAGACCUCUUCUCUCGUCAUGCGGGACCUGCUGCAGAUGGCCAGAGACAUCGCCUGCGGCUGUCGAUACCUGGAGGAGAACCAGUUCAUCCACAGAGACAUUGCUGCCAGAAAUUGCCUGCUUACCUGCCCUGGACCAGACAGAGUGGCUAAGAUCGGAGACUUUGGCAUGGCUCGAGACAUUUACAGGGCCAGUUAUUACCGGAAAGGAGGUCGGGCCAUGCUGCCAGUCAAAUGGAUGCCGCCAGAGGCCUUCAUGGAGGGCAUCUUCACCUGCAAGACUGACACCUGGUCAUUUGGAGUCCUUCUCUGGGAAAUCCUCUCCCUGGGCUACAUGCCUUACCCUUGCAAAACCAACCAGGAGGUUCUGGAGUUUGUCACUGGCGGAGGGAGAAUGGAUCCCCCGAAAGGCUGCCCAGGACCUGUCUAUCGACUCAUGACCCAGUGUUGGCAGCACUGUCCCGAUCACCGGCCCAAUUUCGCCACUAUCCUGGAGAGAAUCAACUAUUGCACUCAGGACCCUGAUGUGAUAAACACCACUCUCCCGGUUGAAUAUGGCCCCAAUACAGAGGAGGGUGGAGGCUCCGUGUUGCGCACCGCUGCCCCCGCCUCAACGAGUCUCACUCCUUUACUGGUGUCACGCCCCGUCUGCAAAGAUUCCCCGUCCCAGCUCGGUUUCUCCCCCAAGGGCUUCAUUCCCCCCGCCCCUCCCCCACAGCCCACCAAGCCCCGCCUCCUGCUACAGAGAACCCAACCUGUCCAUCAAGAAGUGACGUCCUGGUGUGAGGUGCUGGAGCCGUCCUGGGCUGAAACCGUUCCUGCGCCCAGUCUGUCAGCCGGAGCAAACUCUGUGCAUCCUGAGCCUCCUGCUCACCGGCCCUGCUCCAGGAACAGCUCCUCCUCCGGGAGCCAAAGGCUGAAAAACAAGACCAAGAACCUCUGGAACCCAACAUAUGGUUCCUGGGUGCUGGAAAGCUUCCGGGCGAAGAAGACGCUGGCUCAGACCCGGUCCAUGCCGCUCUCAAGUCCCACCUCCAACCCCCAGCCUUGCAACUCGCCUGCAGACAGCAACAAAGCUGCCUGUGACGGAACCAGCAGCACCUACCUCAGCCCGGCUUUACCUCCAGCCUGCCAGGCUCAGGCGGCCCCGUCCGCCCCCUCCCACAAGGCCUCAGCUGGCGGCGCCACUAAAGCAGGGAUGGACCUGGCUAAACUGCAGAGCUUCCCCUGUGGUAAUGUCAACUACGGCUACGACGAGCAGAGCUACGAGGCGGAGAGCUUGCCCCUGGUGAAGCCCAAAGUCUCAGAGGCAGGCGGCGGCCCGCCGAGCGUUUCGCCGGGGACCGGCCUGGGUCUGGCGCUGGGGUUCAGCGCCGCCUCAGCCUGUGUGCCCAAACUUCUGCUGAAACGCCACGCCAGCUACGGACACGAGGACGUGAGGAGACACGUGAAAACAGAGAAGCUCAGCCGUGACCGGGACUCUGGCUUUUCUCUGUCCGAGGACCUGAGUGUCGCCCACGUCUAGAAAUCGGCAGAGACGUCGGUUCUGGUUGAAUUUGUCGGCUGGAUGAAGGAGCUGCGUAGCAAAAGAUCAUGUGACUGCACCCCCUGAAAUGCUGGAAAACUCAAUGAAAUGCUGAUAUUCACACAAACUCUCCUCUGUAUGUUACUACAGAGUCUUUGCUGUGCUCGGCACCUUCUCCUGGGCGCCCGGUACAGAGGUAGCUAAACACUGAUGCUGAAGUACUUUCUCUGCUCCCUAGUCAUCCUGCUUUUGCUUCAUGACAGCUUUGGCAAAAGUGUGUUUAAAUUAACAAUAUGUGUACGACCUCAACAGCUUUUAGGUCGAGGAGUUUCAAAGAAGCUGGUUUAUAAAAUGUGUCAAAAAGGCUAAAAUGUGGCACCGACUUCACAUCAUGGUGCUGCAAAUUGCACCUACGGUGAAAAACAGUAAAAACAAAACAGAUUCCAGGCAGUAUUUAUCAAAUUAAGAUGAAAGUAUGUACAAAAACACGAGUUUUGAAUUGAAAUGGUUUGGUUUUCUUUUCCCAUUGCUUUAUAUUGGCACCCAUAAUUACCUAUUGAGAACGUUUAGUUUUCAUUUCUGUAAAUCCAAACCAGAUCUCUUCUUAUUUUUACCUUUUUAUUUUGUUAAUUCUUGUGUAUGAUGUUUUGUUUUGCUGCAUUCAUUUCUCUACUUCUGGACAGAUGCUGCGAGUUGCAGCUUUUUGACGUGGCUCACAUCUUCUCCUGAGAUAUAUCUACUGAUAUUUUUGUUCCGUCAAUAUUUUAGAUGAUGCUUUGAUCAGGAAGACUGGAAUUUAUGAAAGCAAGACUCUGCCAAAGCAAGCUCAGAUCUGGACCUGGGGUUGUUGAUAUAGUGACGUUCCUCCUGUUAUUACCUCUUUGACUGUAAAGUCUGUCCAGCUCCGGUCAGCAGUUUACAUCCACUCACCAUUAACAGGGAUGCCAAAUUAAUUCUGGGCUUCUACUUUCUGACAUAAAACUGUAAUUAUGUAGAAAAAAAAUCCUGUGUACAUAUUUGAUUUUAUUCUGGGUUUUCUUAUUUCUCACAGGAUCUGAUUUGCACAUUCAGGCUUAGAUUCAGCUUUUUUUUUUUAAGUUGAAUAGGAAGUUUUUUAUUUUAUUUCAUAAUGCAUAAUUCUCUUAAUUUCUUGUUUGUGAUCUUGACUGAGUGCAGAUGGGAAUUUCUUUUUGCAGCCUAAAAAAGAUUUGUUAGAUAGCAUGAAUAGGACUCACCAUCAAUUGACUCACAGAUUAUCAGGGUUGGAUGUUUAGGAACUGUAAAAAUUACAGGAGGACCAGGGUCACCGUCCACAGCAAAGUCAGUUUAACACCACCACAUAUAGAGAGACUAACUCCUGCUCCACCUCGAUGCCCACAUGGACAAGAUAAAAGCCUUCUGGUGGAAGGUUUGAUAGGCGAGACAAAAAAUAUCCCUGGUGAGAAGCAAAAUGUUUGGAGGAGCCAAAGGGAGGCUUAAAAACCUAAGUACACCGUCGUCAAGCAUGGUGGUGGCAGCAUCAUGCUGUGGGACUAACAGUUUUACUGGUGCUUUGCAAAAACAAUGCCAAGCCAAUAUCUGGGUGGUCGAAACUAAUUGAACUGGUUCUUGGUUUAAGCUGCAUAUUUAAUCUUCAUUACGACCACAAAAAAAAA